GUAAUCCGUUAUCAGUUAUCAAAGUGGCGUCGUGUGAUCAACAACUCAACGAAUGGCCCAAGUGUUGGUGAUAGGUUAAUUGUUGUUGUUCCAGCUUCGUUCACACUGUGCUCAAGAUGUCACUGAAUCGUCUGUUUGUAAACAGUGGAGUCGCUGUCUUCCUAUUGGUGCAAUUGGGCCCGGAAUUGGCGGGAGCUGCUCUGAUUGGUGGAAUUUUGUACCCGAAAGAGUCCGAGACGAGAGAGGUGCGAUCGCUGGACGGGGUUUGGGCUUUUCGAAAGGAUGACAGUCAAUACCAGGGUUUCAAGGAGCGUUGGUAUGACUACCCAUUGCAUGAGACAGGGGAGGUGAUUCCUAUGCCAGUUCCUAGCAGCUACAAUGACAUAACUCAGGAGAGAAGCCUGCGAGACCAUGUGGGCUUUGUGUGGUAUGAGCGAACCUUUUUCGUGCCAGAGAGAUGGCAUUUGGAUUCUCUCAGGGUUUGGCUCAGAUUCGGGUCCGUGCAUUAUCUCGCUCAUGUGUUUCUGAACGGUCAGAAACUGGUAUCCCACGAGAUCGGUCACCUUCCCUUCCAAGCAGAGGUGACAUCCAAGCUGGCAUAUGGCAAGAUCAACAGGUUAACAGUUGCAGUCGAUAAUACCCUCACAAAUGUAACAGUUCCCCAGGGUGCCGUAGAAACUCUUAUUGUUGACAACCAACCAAGAACGUACCAAACUUAUACGUUCGACUUUUUCAACUACGCCGGAAUUCAUAGAUCGGUACAUUUGUAUACCACCCCAAUUGUCUACAUUGAUGACAUCACUAUAAAUACUGAUAUUGAGAAUGACACUGGUCUGAUCUACUACAACAUAACGUUCGGAGGUUUCGUGACAGAGACAGAGGAGGUGAUCUGCACCACCCGUCUGCUGGCUGAGAAUGGGGAGGAGGUGCAGGGAAUCAAGAAGAUCGAGGAGAAUGAGGGGCAGUCGGGUCAGAUUGUCAUCCCCAAUGCCACUCUGUGGUGGCCAUACAUGAUGCAUCCCCAACCUGGCUACAUGUACACUGUCGAGGUAGUGAUAACAACUCCGAAAUACAACAUCAGUGACAUCUACAGACAACCGGUGGGCAUUAGGACGGUGCGCUGGGAUGAGAAAAACUUGCAUAAUGGAAAGAAGGUUUACAUCAGAGGAGUCGGCAAGCACGAGGAUUCAGAUAUAAGAGGCAAAGGUCUUGACUACGCACUAAUCACCAAAGAUUUCAACCUACUCAAGUGGCUGGGUAUCAAUGCAUUCCGCACGUCACACUAUCCCUAUGCUGAGGAGAUCAUGGACUUUGCCGAUCAGCAAGGCAUUAUGGUCAUCGAUGAGUGUCCCAGUGUUGAUACUGAUAAUUUCUCAGAAGAUCUGCUCAAAAAGCACAGCCAUUCAUUGGCGGAGCUGGUGAGGAGAGACAAGAACCGACCCAGUGUUAUAAUGUGGUCUAUUGCCAAUGAACCUCGAAGCUCGAAACCGGGAGCCAGCUGGUAUUUCAAGUCAGUGGUGAAAUUUGUUAAGACAUUGGACACUAACCGACCGAUUACCGCAGCAAUUAACAAGGGGAUUAGCGUUGAUGAGGCAGCUCAAUACUUGGAUAUAAUAUCAUUCAACCGCUACAACUCGUGGUAUCAAAACACGGGCCGACUGGAAACAAUCAAAGGAAACGUCGAAGAAGAGGCAACAAAUUGGCAUAAAAAGUACAACAAGCCGGUCCUUAUGUCAGAGUAUGGAGCUGAUACCAUGGCUGGACUACACUUGGAACCCGCCUACGUUUGGUCAGAGGAGUACCAAGUGAGAAUGCUAUCCGAGCAUUUCAAGGCAUUCGACAAUCUGCGACAGAAGGGCUUCUUCAUUGGUGAAAUGAUCUGGAAUUUCGCUGAUUUCAAAACAGCACAGACCUACACGAGAGUGGGCGGGAACAAGAAGGGAAUCCUAACACGUGAGCGUCAACCCAAGGCAGCGGCGCACCAUCUGCGACUGCGCAACUUCAAACUGGCCCAACAGAUUGACAAGUACAGAGUGCCCGAUAACAUACGCAACCUCGAACCGUACACUGCCCCGGGCCAGAUACAAACCAACCACAUUGAGCUGUGAUCUGCUUCUAUCAAUGCAUGAUUCAACAUUAAUUAUCGGUCACAAAAUGGUACCGUAUAUAUAUAGUGAGAUUCACUGACAGCGUUCAUCGUUGAAUGGGCGAAGCAUUCAUGUUAUUUUCAACGAAUGCUGAUAGUUUAAAUAAAUCUUACUUUACAAAAUUACAAAGAAGGGUGAGAAUAAUAUCAUAUUUUUUAUUCGUUAAAAAAUAAUUCCAUAGUCCCCAUUUAUAAAAAAACUUUUUUAUACGAAAUACAAUAGCAACUAGUUUCGGAAUGUUGAAUCCAUUAUCAAGUUUUUCUUAAAUCUUUCAAGAUUCUUCCAAGUUUCAGAAUGUUGAAUCCAUUACUUCUGAUGUGUACUUCUGUACACAUCAGUUAAACUGUAGAAUUCAUCACCACUAGAAAUUAAGGCAUUGCCUCUUACAUUCUUCAAAAGGAAAUUAAAAACUUUACUGAAAGCUGAAAGUUUAUAUAACAUACAAGAAUUAAUAUAAUAGACUGGACCAGAUAUUUGUAGGCUAAUAUUAUUUGUAUGUAUUAAUUGUAUUAUGUAAUAUAUAGUACCUAUUUUUGACGUUUAUCAAUGCAUUGUUAACAAUGUCUAUGAUAAUAAAGAUUCUUAUUCUUAUUAUCAAGUUUUUCUUAAAUCUUUUAACAAUAACGGAUAAUGGAUUCAUCAUUUCGAAACUAGAAAUGAUGUUAUUGUAUUUUAUAUAAAACAGUUUUUUAUAAAAUGGUACAAUGGAAUUAU